AAGUCAACAGCCGAUAAGAGCAAGAAUUGGCGGCUUCGAUGAUAAAGAUAGGCGUAUUAUUGAUCCACCACCUGUGGUAAGAUUAGUUGUGACUAAUACUGAUGAUAACACUGUUCCUGAGAGGGCCGACAUUAAUCACUCAUCAGAAUUGCGUGUACAAGCUGGCGCAUGUAAUGAUAAAACUGUUGAACUUGGACCAUUUGGUGAAUGUGCCGGAAUUGUGGAUGUGUUGAUAACUGGAAAACAUUCUUCCAUUCUAUCCUCAUUCAACAGUCCAGCAUGGGCUACCUCAUAG